UUUUAAUUUUGUACAACACACCUAAAACUUCUCCAAUCCGUAUCUGUUUAAGUUACUCCUUAAAGGGGAAAAAAAUUAGAGCAAAAAAAAGAUAAAAUAAAGGAAACAAAACACUAAAUUAAGGAUAAUUUUAAAGAGAACAAAAAAUAAUGUGUACAGGUUGGGAGGAGGAAAAAAAGAGAGACGAAAAAACAACGAUAGGAGUUUUCUCUCUCUAAAUCCUCCUCCCAUUCUCCGAUCCUUGUUUCUUUCUAUUGUUCAAUUAUAUGCAACAUGGCCUUUGAGGAGUUUAGCCAACUAUCAAAACGUAGAAGAGAAGAACGUGCACAAAAGUUCAAGAAGAAGAUAUUCCUCGCAGUAAUAUGCAGUAUAUUUUUCCUCCUUUGUAUAGGCGGAGGAGUUUUUGCCUUCUAUUACUAUUCCGACAAAAUCAUUCAUAAUAAUAAUAGUUCGAAUUCGUCGUCUAAUGAAGGAGGAAGAGGAGGAGAGAAAGCGAAAACCUCGAGUAAUAGUAAGAUAAUACAAAUGUUAUGUGAUCCAACGGAAUAUAAGAAGAAAUGUGAGAGUACUUUAAUCAAUGUGGUUCAUACUAAUGCCUCUAACCCUUCCAUUGCCCCUAGAGCGAUCAUCAAGGCUGCCAUCUCUGUGGCCGCGAAUGAAGUCGUUAAGGUUAUUAAUAAGACCGAAAAAUUCAAAUUUGAUAAGCCUGAGGAUAAGGCUGCUUAUGAAGUUUGCAAGAAGGUUUUCCAAGAUUCAGUAGAUGAAUUGGAUGAGUCCCUCAAUCAUGCAGGAGAUGAGGUAACAAACUACCAUUCCAAGAUUAAUGACCUCAAAACAUGGUUAAGCGCAGUGUACUCAUACCAAGAAACAUGUAUUGAUGCAUUUGACAAUGGAGAUAGCAAGAACAAAAUCAAGGAUGCAGUGAAUGCUACCAAGGAGUUUGUUAGCAACUCUCUUGCCCUUGUAUCACAAAUUAGUACCAUCCUUGACAAGUUUAAUGUGGCCGAGAACGCUUUAAAGGCCGCUACUACGACUAAGACGACUUCUCGUCACCUCCUAGAACACAACCGUACUCGUGGUGGUCCAACGACACACGUUGAUAACGAGGGGUUUCCCGAGUGGGUUGGCCACGACGAACGAAAGCUCACCGUGAAAUCGGCGAGUAACUUGGUUGCCAACCUCACGGUGGCGAAAGAUGGUAGUGGGAAUUUUACUACCAUCAAUGAGUGUUUGAAAUCCUUGCCUGAGAAUCGCAAACAAAGAAUAUUUAUCCACGUUAAAGAAGGAAUCUAUGAAGAAUAUGUGACAGUGACCAAGAAGAUGGUGAAUAUAACAAUGUUUGGAGAGGGAUCGCAAAAGAGCAUGAUCACCGGCAACAAAAAUUUUGUAGAUGGAGUUCGUACCUUUGAAACUGCCACGUUCGCUGUGCAAGGAGAGGGAUUCAUUGGCAUUGCAUUAGGAUUUAAGAACACAGCAGGCCCUGAAAAACACCAAGCAGUAGCCCUUAGAGUGCAAGCAGAUCGUUCAAUCUUCCUCAAUUGUCGAAUGGAAGCAUAUCAAGACACCCUAUACGCCCAAACACAUAGGCAAUUCUACCGCAGUUGUUACAUCACCGGUACAAUAGACUUUAUCUUUGGUGACGCGGCUGCCAUCUUCCAAAAUUGCAUGAUUAUUGUCAGGAAACCGAUGGAGAAUCAACACAACAUAGUCACGGCCCAAGGGAGGGCCGACAAACAUGAAAACACGGGUAUUGUACUCCAUAAUUGUCGUAUCUACCCCGAUAAGGACUUAUUCCCCGUAAAAGAUAAGUUCAAGACAUACCUUGGGAGACCGUGGAAGCAGUACUCUAGAACAAUUGUAAUGGAGAGUACAAUUGGGGAGUUGAUCACCCCUGAGGGAUGGUCGCCGUGGCAAGGUGAUUUUGGACUUAAGACAUUGUACUAUGCCGAGUUCAAUAACAAUGGACCAGGAUCCGAUACCUCAAAACGGGUAAAAUGGGCUGGUUAUAAGAAGUCUAUUAGUAGGCAGGAAGCACAAAGCUAUACUGUUACACCCUUCUUGCAAGGUGGUUCUUGGAUUCGAGAAAAUCCUACGGUACAAGUUCAUUUUGGUUUGUACAAAUGAAGGUUCAAUGUCGUGUAUUAUUAUGUUUUUGGACCGAAUGAGCUACAAGGGCCUCAAUGCUGCCAUGUAUUUGGUUCAACAACGAAAUUGGAUUUCAUGUUUGAUUUAAUUUCAUUCAAGAGUACAUUCUCAUAGAACUUUUAGAGAUUUUUGUCUAUUUUGAUUUGAAUGAAUGAUGCAUUUAAUUUGUU